AUGAUAAAUAAACUAAAUCUCUUCCUAGUCCUAGCAACUCUAUUCUUGCUAACCACUUCUAGAUAAUAAUAGGAGAGUAAACUAAAUAGCAUAGAUUCUCCUCUUGAAAUUUUAAUAGAAUACUGUACUAGUUGAUCUUACAAGG